AUGUCGACAAACGGGCAGAACUCUCGGCCAGGGACCCCACGGAAACGAUCUGAGAGUGUUGCCGUUCACUCUCACCCGGAAUCGAUGUCGUCUGUUUACGGUGGAUUUGAAGGAAGAGACCGGUCGCAGUCGGUCACACAACCAGAGGGCUCACAGGGACAGCUUCCUAGUACGGGCUUCGACGCUGUGGAUCGAGUUUUUCCAAUUCGAUCCGUAGUAUCCGUGGACCGUAAGGCGGCCGACCAGGCAGCACAAGCGCGUUCAGCAGUGUCACCCACUCGCGAAGGUGCCAUGCAAUACCCGAUCAUCGAUAGCCAAACUUGGAACGAGCUACAAUCCCAAUCGUCGCAUCCCCGCUCCGAACCGGGUCCAACCAUCCCCACGGAUACCAUUCGACAUGAAACACAUGCUACCGACGAUACAACGGAAUUGGCCACACAUUCGAUGGCGUCUCACGUGAAUCAGCACCCGGAAACAUAUGCACAGGAAAAAAGUGAAAGCCAGUCGGGAAGCGCCACAACCGCGAUGCCAGGAUCUCAACCAACAACACGACCCAAUGAACCCUAUGAUCAUGUCACGGCUCGAUUUACCCACGUCAUAACCGACAGCGGCCACGCUGUGAUUACAGGAAGGGAUGGGAAGUCAUUUCAAUAUUGUGAGGAUGAACCAAUCCGAGUACCCGGGGCUAUCCAGAGCUUUGGCGUGAUGAUUGCCAUGCGCGAGGAGGCCCCAAACAAGCUCGUUGUACGAGUGGUCAGUGAGAAUUCGGAACAGUUAAUGGGUUAUACGCCAAAGCAACUUUUUGAAGUGGACAACUUUUGUGAUAUUUUGGGCGAUGAACAAGCGGAUACUUUGCUUGAUCAUGUCGAUUUUGUCCGUGAUGAUGCCUACGACCCCAGUGUGGACGGUCCUGAAGUCUUCAUCCUGACAAUCCGAACCCCGUCAGGUGAUAAACGCCGCUUUUGGUGUGCGGCACAUGUUAGUCCAUCUCAGAAAGACCUGAUAAUCUGUGAAUUUGAGUUAGAGGAAGACGAGCUCAAUCCAUUAAAUGUGGAUGGUCAAGCCACUCCUGCCACUCCUGCAGACACAAUGGGUGCUUUUCCUACCCCGGAGCAAUUUGCUGCGAGUACGAUCAACAUCAGCCAACCCCUACGUGUUCUCCGAAAUGCUCGGCGAAGAAGGGGAGAGGCUGCUGCGAUGGACGUCUUUAGCAUCUUCACUCAGGUUCAAGAGCAAUUAGGUCGGGCCAACGAUUUGAACCAAUUGCUUAACACCACGGCUGGCCUGGUGAAGGAGUUGACUGGCUUCCACCGAGUCCUGAUAUAUCAGUUUGAUAGCAGCUGGAAUGGCCUUGUUGUUGCUGAGUUGGUCGACCCCAAAGUCACGAUUGAUCUCUACAAGGGUCUCCAUUUCCCAGCAUCCGAUAUCCCUGCACAGGCCCGUGAACUCUACAAGAUUAAUAAAGUUCGUCUUCUAUACGAUCGGGACCAUAUCACAUCUCGUCUUGUGUGUCGAACAUUAGAGGACCUGGAAUCUCCAUUAGACAUGACCCAUGCCUUUCUACGGGCCAUGUCUCCUAUUCAUGUCAAAUACCUCGCACAUAUGCAGGUUCGCUCGUCCAUGUCGAUAAGUGUUAACGCUUUCAAUGAUCUCUGGGGUCUUAUUUCAUGCCAUUCUUAUGGAACGGCUGGCAUGCGUGUCUCUUUUCCUAUUCGAAAGAUGUGUCGUUUGAUUGGUGACACUGUCUCGCGAAACAUCGAACGCUUAUCGUACGCAUCUCGAUUGCAGGCACGAAAGCUGAUCAAUACUGUCCCUACCGAGGCCAAUCCAUCUGGUUACAUUAUCGCUUCCUCGGACGACUUACUGCAACUCUUUGAUGCAGACUACGGGGCCCUUUCCAUUCGCGAUGAAACAAAGAUUCUCGGAGACAAUGCCCAUUCACAAGAGGUCCUUGCCUUACUGGAAUUUAUUCGCAUGCGUCAAAUAAAUGCAGUCCUGGCUUCACAUGAUAUCAUCAAAGAUUUUCCUGAUCUACAUUAUGGGCCUGGACUUAAGGCGAUUUCAGGACUGUUAUAUGUUCCACUUUCCACUGGAGGCAGCGACUUUAUCUGCUUUUUCCGCAAAGGCCAAUUAACUGAAAUUAAAUGGGCCGGCAAUCCCUACGAAAUCGCCAAACGGAAAGAAACGGCAGGAUACUUGGAACCACGUGAAAGUUUCACGGCAUGGCGGGAGACAGUUCUGAGCCAGUCACGCGAAUGGUCUGAAUCAGAUGUGGAAACUGCCGCGGUCCUGUGCCUUGUCUAUGGUAAAUUCAUCAAAGUGUGGCGACAAAAAGAGGCUGCAAUGCAGACUUCUCAACUAACGCGCUUACUUCUCGCCAAUUCUGCGCAUGAGGUCCGCACGCCUUUGAAUGCAAUCAUCAAUUACUUGGAAAUUGCACUAGAGGGCGCUUUGGACGCGGAGACUCGUGAAAGCUUGACUAAGUCACACUCGGCCUCCAAGUCUCUCAUUUAUGUUAUCAACGAUCUCCUUGAUCUGACAAAUACCGAGACAGGGCAAGCUCUCAUCAAGGACGAAGCCUUUGAUUUGAGAUACACUCUACAGGAAGCCUAUGACAUGCUUUCAGGAGAAGCCAAGCGUAAGAAUAUCGCAUUUUCUAUCUCCAUCCAGCCCGGUAUUCCCUCCAGGGUCAUUGGAGAUCAGCGGCGGAUACGUCAAGUCUUCUCGAACAUUAUCUCCAAUGCUAUCCAACAGACCGCAUCCGGUGCAGUGAUAGUGGAUAUGUGGCGGUCGGCCAACCAAGAUUCGAGCGACCACAUUGCAGUGGAGAUGAUGGUUGUUGAUACAGGGGCCGGGAUGUCAAAAACGAAGCUCGAGGCACUUUUCUCAGAACUGGAGCAAGUUUCCACCGAAAAUAAUGAAGGAGAAGAUGAGAAACAACUUGUGGACGAUCAACCCCAGCAACAACGCGUGCUUGGCUUAGGCCUUGCCCUCGUGGCCAGAAUUGUAUACAGCAUGAAGGGCCAACUUGGAGUCAAAUCCGAAGAGGGCAAGGGUAGUCGCUUCAAGGUCAAAUUGCAGUUCGGUCUGCCAGAUGGAUCCUCAGUUGAUACGCCUACCGAGUCCAACAUCCCUCCUCAUGCGACUAUUCCCCCUACGCCCAUGAUAUCAGACCAGGAAUUCACUUUGCCGCGAGGUGGAAACGAACAACGCGAACCUCGUCGUGAUGACCGGCGAAGAAGCUCGGAGAGUUUGCGAUCCGGGGGCAGCUCUCGAAGCGGACGAAGCCAUGCGGAUCGACUUAUUAGCGCCAUGCAGGAGCCGCCUCUUCUCAAGCGAGCGCCUAGUGAGACCUCAGACAUAUACAGAUUCAGACAUUCUACUAGUCCUCAGAGCACUGGUUAUCUGCAGUCCUCGGUGGGGUCGCCCUCACAUUCGCACCAAAGAUCGCCAUCAAAUGUUCAGCAGGAUCCACUUGCUACUCUAUCUACCGUGACGCAUACACCGCCAUUGACUCUACAACCCAUGUUAACUCCGCCGAUUCCAGGUACUGAGAAUAUCAGAGACUCGGGUGUGCCAAUGGGCCCUGUGCGAAUUUCAGAGCGCAAGCCCAAGUCCUCGAUUUCCUAUCUGAGGGAACAAUCCUACUUUCCUCCGGUGUCCCCUCGGCCUACCGAUCCUUGCGAGACAAUGUCAACUGUGGAUAAGUCUUCCACAACAUCAGCGUCAAUGGCCCUUAGCAAUUCACAGCCUCUGCGUGUGCUUGUUGCGGAAGAUGACCCAAUCAAUAGCAAAAUCAUACAUAAACGCCUCACCAAGUUGGGGCACACUGUUGAGCUCACGGGCAAUGGCGAAGCUUGUGCAACUGCGUUUUCUACGCACAGUGGAGCUUUCGACGUCGUCUUGAUGGAUAUUCAGAUGCCCAUUGCAGACGGCUAUGCUGCUACCCAGAUGAUUCGCGAGUUUGAAUCCAAGGCAGGCCUUGAGGCGCUCUCCAGCAUAGCCCGCAGCAACUCCCGCAUCCCGAUUUUUGCAGUCUCGGCUUCGCUUUUGGAAUCCGAAAAACAGAAAUAUAUCGAUACUGGAUUUGAUGGCUGGGUUAUGAAACCGAUUAGCUUUUCUCGACUGAAUGUCCUUUUCGGUGGAAUAUUUGAGACCGAGGCUAAAGAACAAGCCACAUAUCAACCAGGUCAUUGGGAGAUUGGCGGCUGGUUCUAA